UAUAGGUGGCGAUCAUUUGCACAAGUGUGUCAAGACGCACAGAGAAGCCGACCAUCGAAGAGGAGAACUGCAUCCGCCGAUGAAUACAGCAUUUCAGCCAACACUGACCCGUAAAUAAAGACCAGCGUAUUUAUUUUAGAUACACAGACUACCUGUAUUUUUUGUCAGUCCCUCACCAUGACGACCGGUGCUGAUGUGAGGGAUAUUCUGGAGCUGGCAGGAGGAGACAAUGAUUCAGGACCCAUCAGCAAGAAGGACAUCAUCAACUCAGACAAGAAAAAAGCCAAGAAAGUGACAGAGACUUUAACCUUCAAGAGACCAGAAGGAAUGCACAGAGAAGUUUAUGCCUUGCUGUAUUCAGAUAAAAAUCGGGAUGCCCCUCCCCUGUUACCGAGUGAUACUACGCAAGGCUACCGGACAGUGAAAGCGAAACUGGGCUGUAAGAAGGUGAGGCCCUGGAAGUGGAUGCCAUUCUCUAAUCCAGCCAGAAAAGAUGGAACCAUCUUCCAUCACUGGAGACGUGCAGCAGAGGAGGGAAAGGACUACCCAUUUGCUCGCUUCAGCAAGACUGUGCAGGUGCCUCUGUACUCAGAGCAGGAGUAUCAGAUGUAUCUUCAUGACGAUGGAUGGACGAAAGCUGAAACGGAUCACCUGUUCGACUUGUGCAAACGUUUCGACCUGCGGUUUAUUGUUAUACAUGAUCGCUAUGAUCACCAACAGUACAGAAAACGCUCUGUUGAGGAUCUUAAGGAGCGUUAUUACCACAUUUGUGGCAAACUGACAAAAGUUCGGGCAGGAACAGGUACAGAGCCUAAGAUCUACAUAUUUGAUGCUGGUCAUGAGAGACGCAGGAAAGAGCAGCUCGAGAGACUUUUCAACCGCACUCCAGAGCAGGUGGCAGAAGAGGAAUACCUGAUCCAGGAGCUGAGGAAGAUUGAGACGCGCAAGAAGGAGCGUGAAAAGAAGGCCCAGGACCUCCAGAAGCUCAUUACAGCUGCUGACACGACGACAGAGAUGCGCAGAGCUGAACGCAAAGCCACCAAGAAGAAGCUGCCGCAGAAACGAGAGACAGAAAAACCUGCUGUUCCUGAAACCGCAGGCAUCAAAUUCCCAGACUUCAAAUCUGCUGGUGUUUCACUACGGAGUCAGAGAAUGAAGCUGCCCAGCUCAGUUGGACAGAAGAAAAUAAAAGCAAUUGAACAGAUCCUGACGGAGCAAGGAGUGGACCUCAACCCCAUGCCCACAGAGGAGAUUGUGCAUAUGUUUAACGAGCUCCGCAGCGACCUAGUCCUGGUUUAUGAGUUGAAGCAGGCCUACAGUAACUGUGAGUACGAACAGCAGAUGUUGCGGCACCGCUAUGACGCUCUGCUAAAAUCAGGGGGCGCCGUCACACCACUGAGUGAGAGCAGUGGAGCACCUGACAGUCAAUCCUGGCCCUGCGUUGAUGACAUCAAAACCGAAGCCAAAGAGCAGCUUAUUGAUGUGGUUGGAGCUCCACUCACUCCAAAUUCGCGCAAACGCAGAGAAUCUGCCUCAAGUUCCUCAUCUAUUAAGAAGGUGAAGAAACCGUGACAUAAAUGACUUUGUAAACUCAAUUGGACAUUUUUUGGAAGAGGAUAGAGAGGUUUGUGGAGCUCUCUUAAGUGAUUGCCUGCUUCAGGGUCAGAGGGUAAGGUUGUGGUUGUAGGUCAUCUGUUAUGUGCUCUUUUGAUGACCGCUCUCUCUGUUAAUGUAUUCAUCACAAUGACUACCCUCUCUGUCCACCACCCCUCAAUCCCACCUGCUUCC